AAUUAUCAAUAAAACAUUUUUUUAUAAAUAAAUUUUAACUUGCAGUUUUAUAACAUAAAAAUAUUGAGAAAAACUUCCUAAAAAAAUACAUAAAAAAAUAAACUUAAUAAAACAACACCAAAGAUUCAACAGCAAAUCAUGCAAGACUUAAAUACUCUACAUAAAAUGUCAUUUAAUUAUAAAGUAUUGCAAAAAACUUUACGACGACAUCUGCGUAAAUUAUAAACUCAUUAAAACAACUACCUUCUAACUUUUACUACUACUAAACUACUACUAUUAUACCUAAAAAAUACAACUCUGCUUAAUAAUAAACCAUCCCUGUCUUCGUCUUUAAAUAUUAACAUCAAGUUGAUAAAAACGUUAUAACAACAUUUCCUGCUACGAAGAAAAACUCGUGUUACUUAAAACUUCUACAACAAUCAAAAGAUAAAAUUAAAUUGUACAUCACUUAAACAUAUAAAAGAAAGCUCUCUCCAUAUUCUUUAAGGACUCUCUUAAGCUGUAAAACUAUUUUAAUGAAUAUUUGGCAACAAAAGUUCUUAAAACGACCCGCAGACGAUGCCGACAAUGGUGCUGAAAACUUUGAGCCGCCUCAUAAAUUGCCCAAUAACAAUAACAACAACAAUAAUAACAACAACAGUAGCAACAAUAACAACAACAAUGGUUCUGAAAAUCUAAAAUUCUCCGUCGAAAUUGUACAACAAUUGGAAUUUACCACAUCGGCGGCUAACUCACAACCCCAACAGAUAAGUACCAAUGUUACUGUAAAAGCCCUCACGAAUACCUCCGUUAAAAGUGAACCUGGUGUUAGUACAGCCGGUGGACCGGGUGGUAGUGGCGGCGGCGGUAGUGGUGGCGUUGGACAGGGUCAAGGUGUGAAUGAUCCACAACAUAAUGGUAAUAACCGAGGAGGUGGUGGAGGCAUGCAUAUGGGUAGUGGCGGUGGUCCAAAUACAGCGUCGAAUCUAAUGGGUGGCCAUAAUAUGAAUGCAGCACAGCAGCAGCAACAACAGCAAAAGUCCAAUAUGGGUGGUUUAGGCAAUUUGGUAGAGUGUAAGCGUGAGCCGGAUCAUGAUUUCCCUGAUUUGGCCGGUUUGGAGAAGGAAGGUGGUCCGAAUAGUAAUUUUCCCGGUUUUCCCGAAUUCAUGGGUGAUGACACUACCGAAGGCAAUGAAACCUUUAAGGAUCUCAUUAAUGAUUUGCAGGAUUUCAAUCCGGGCUUUUUGGAUGCUUUGGAUGAGAAACCUUUAUUGGAUAUUAAAACCGAAGAUGGUAUUAAGGUGGAACCUCCCAAUGUGCAAGAUUUAAUUAAUAGUUUAAAUGUGAAAUCCGAAAAUGCCAUGGCUCAGUUUAGCGCAGCCUUUGGAGGUCCUAAUAAUGGAGGCGGUGGUGGUGGCAUGGGCGGUGGACCAAUGGGUGGUCCGAACAAUGAUCCACAAGGCAUGAAUAAAAUGCGUUCGCAAUUUCAAAAUGAUCCUAACACAGGACCCAUGUCAGAGCUAUCUUUGGCGGCUCAGACGCUCAAACAAAUGGCAGAGCAACAUCAGCAUAAAAAUGCCAUGGGUGGCAUGAACUUCCCAAGGCCGCCUAUGCAUCAAAGUCAACAGGGACAAUUAAUGGGUGGUCCGGGACCUAAUGGUCGCUACAAUGAUUAUGGAGGCGGUUUUGGAGGUCCUAAUGAUUUUAUGCAGGGACCGAAUGGCCCUCAACAACAUCCCCAACAUCAAAACCUACCACCACAAUUCCAACAGAAACCAAAUCCUGGUGGCCCCAUGGGCGGCAAUAAUGUCCAACAGUCCUUCCUGGACAUCAAACAGGAACUCUACUAUUCCUCACAGCAAAGCGAAUUCGAUCUCAAACGUCUUCAGCAUCAACAGCAAAUGCAACAUCAACAGCAGCAGCAACAACAACAACAACAGCAGCAGCAACAGCACAUGUCCCAAGCUAAUAUGGCUAAAAUGGGUCCCAACGGACCCAUGGGUGUGGGCAAUUUUCCUAAACCGAAUGCUCCCCCCGGCCAACAGCAACAAUCUCAAACACAAAAUCCUUCACAACAACAGCCGCAAUACUCGCCCUACAAUUCUCCUAUGGGUCCAGCCGGUGCUGGCAAUCAAAGUCCAGCCGGUCCCAAUUUCAUGCAAGGACCACCACGUGGUGCUGGUGGUCCAGGCACGGGUCCAAAUCAAGGUGGUCCCUCCAAUGUACCACCCACCAUGUCUCCAGCCCAACAACAGCAGCAGCAACAACAAUCUCAACAGCCACAAACGGCCAAUGCCAGAGGUCCCAAUACCCAACAAAAUACUCCAAAUAUGGGUGGCAAUAGCAAUCAAGGCAACCAACCAAAUCCCAAUGGUCCAAAUGUCGGUGCCAAUGUAGGUCCUGGCCCAGGUAAUGGUCCCACCUCACAGCAGGGUAAUCCCAAUAUGGCACAACAGCAACAGCAGACAACCACUACAACAUUGCAAAUGAAACAGACGCAACAGUUACACAUCAGUCAACAGGGUGGUGCUCAUGGCAUACAGGUCUCUGCUGGACAACAUUUACAUCUCAGUGGUGAUAUGAAAAGUAAUGUAUCGGUGGCAGCUCAGCAGGGAGUGUUCUUUAAUCAACAGCAGCAGCAACAACAACAACAGCAGCAGCAACAAAAUACUCAAAAUUCUCAACAGCAACAGGGUGGCAAUAAUAAUGGUCCCAAUAAUCCACAACAGCAGCAACAACAACAACCAAAUCAAAAUAUUAAUAACAACAACGGUGCUUCCGAUGGUGGUUUUAGCAUGUCACAAACCCAAUCCAUGAAUUUCUCACAACAACAGCAGCAGCAACAAAAUCCCGGUAAUCAGCAGCAACAAGUACCGCCUAAUAUGAGACAAAGGCAAAAUCAAAACCAAAAUCCCACGAAUUCAGCGGCGGGUAAUAAUGGUCCUAAUGGGCCGAACAGUUCACAAGGUGGACCCAAUGCUGUACCCAGCAAUGCUGGUCUUAUGGGCCAGCAACAGGUGCCUGGCGGUCCCAAUCCAUCCGGUCCUAAUGGUGGUCCUAUGAAUCCCAUGGCUGGACCGGGAGGUCCCAAUGGUCCAAAUGUGGCCGGUCCCAAUGUGCCGGGUAUGGGUGGACCUAAUGUACCCGGCAUGGGUGGUAUGGGUCCUGGUAUGGGUGGUAAUCCUAAUCAAAUGAUGUCAGCAGCCAAUAUGAAUCCAAAUGGUCCCUCCGGUCCCAAUCCCGCCAUGAUGAUGGGUGGCCCAGGUGGACCAAAUGGUCCUCCAAUGAAUAUGAAUCAAGCUAAAUUCCUGCAACAACAACAAAUGAUGCGUGCCCAAGCCAUGCAACAGCAUGGUAUGGCCGGUUCACGACCCCCGCCACCCGAAUACAAGGCCACACAGGCUCAACUAAUGCAGGCGCAAAUGAUGCAACAAACCGUGGGCGGUGGCGGACGUUUCCCCAAUGCAGCUGCCCAGGCUGCAGCCAUGCGCCGAAUGACCCAACAGCCGAUACCACCAUCGGGUCCUAUGAUGCGUCCACAACAUUCUAUGUAUAUGCAACAUUCCGCAGCUGGUGGUCCACGCUCUGCCAUGGGUCCUUAUGGUGGUCCUAUGGGCCCCGGCGGUCCUCAACGACCGCCUAAUGUUCAAGUCGCACCAGAUGGUAUGCCUAUUGGCUCACAGCAAGAAUGGCGUCAUAUGAUGAUGCAGCAGCAACAAAUGGGUUUCGCCGGCGGUCCAGGACCUGGUGGCCCCAUGAGACAAGGUGCGGGAGGUUUUAAUAGUGGUUUUAUGGGUAAUCCCAGCAACGGACCAAUGCCUAAUGGCCCCAAUGUAUCAGGUGCUGGCGGUAUGGGUGGUCCCAAUCCGGGCAUGCAAUUAACACCAGCCCAAAUGCAACAACAAAUGAUGCGACAACAGCAGCUGCAAUCACAACAAAUGAUGGGUGGACCGAAUGGUCCAAAUCCCAAUGCCAUGCAAAUGCAACAAAUGAUGCAACAGCAAAGUCUACAGCAACAGGCAGGACCACAAGGUCCCGGUGGGCCUAAUGCCAUGAUGACACAAAUGCAAAUGGCCAGCAUGCAUAUGUCACAAACUCAACAGCAAAUCACCAUGCAACAGCAGCAACAAUUCGUGCAACAAACUACCACCACUACACACCAACAACAACAGCAAAUGCUACAAAUGUCACAGGGUCCCGGUAAUGUAGCGGGUGGACCGGGUAACGGACCCAAUGGUCCAGUGCCGGUAGGCAAUAAUAAUGCUCUAGUAUCCAGCUCAUCAGUAUCGGUGUCCUCAUCAUCAGUGGUGGCCACCUCUAGCUCAACUAAUAAUAGCAUUAAUCAAACCAUUAAUUCAGUGGUUGGCAACUCGAAUGAUUUAUGUCUCGAAUUCUUAGAUAAUUUACCCGUAGAUGGUGGCAAUUUUUCAACACAAGAUCUUAUCAAUUCUUUGGAUAACGAUAAUUUCAAUAUACAAGAUAUUUUGCAAUAGACAUUUCAUUUUUUUUUAAAUACUGAUGUUUAAAAAACAAAAGUUCUGUUUUGAAAUUAUAAGAAAAAUUACGCUUUUUUUUCUUCUUCUUGAAUACU